AUGGCCACCCGCGCAGACCUUAUAAAACCAAUCCAUGCUUUACUACAAGCUUUAACAAACCCAUCCCCAAACCCCGACAACAUCCUCUCAACCUUCACAACUUCCCCAAACCCCCUAGUCCACGAACAUGGUCUCCCCCAACUAGCCCCCUUCCUUGGCCGACCAUUCACCGGCCAAGACGGAAUAGCAACAUACUUCGAACUUAUCUCCUCCCUACUUUCUAUCAAGAACAUGGUCUUCGAGCCCGAAGAGAACUGGGUGGUUGAUGCGAGCUGUAUGGCUGUUUCGUUUCGCGGGUCCGCCACGUUCGUCUGGAAAGAGACGCGGCAGGCGUGGGAUGAGACGUUCGUUUAUCGGAUUAAGCUUGCUUUCGACGAGAGUGGAUCCAGGGAGGGGAGGUUGGCAGUUUGUGAGUAUCAGAUUUGGGCAGAUACGGGGGCUGCGUAUCUUGCUAGGCUUGGGAAGUUGGGGGAUUUGAUAGGGUCUGGGGUUGACGCUGGCGGUGGUGAGGGGAUUUAUGUUGAUUUUGAUGCAGAGGGUAAAAAAGAGUAG